UCACCAAACAAAUAAGGCUUUGAAAGCUUCUCCUUCCCCAAUUGACACUUCUUUCACACGUAUUUUACUUAGUGAGACACCACGCAGCAUUCAUUAAGAUCUGUAUGGCAACCUCCCCCAUUUUCAACGCACAGAUCUGCAAUAUCUCUCCCAUUUUUUGAUCAACAAACUUAACACCACAUUGCUGCUCAUAUACCCCAAUUUCUUUUUCUUUUUUCUUUGCAUAGCAAAUGGGUGCGUACAGAGCAGACGAUGAUUACGAUUACUUGUUCAAAGUAGUUCUCAUCGGUGAUUCCGGAGUUGGGAAAUCGAAUCUGUUGUCCAGAUUCACACGAAACGAGUUCAGUCUCGAGUCUAAAUCAACCAUCGGCGUCGAAUUCGCCACUCGUAGCAUUCGAGUUGAUGAGAAAGUUGUGAAGGCCCAGAUUUGGGACACCGCUGGCCAGGAACGAUACCGAGCAAUCACAAGUGCAUACUACCGAGGUGCAGUUGGUGCAUUGAUCGUGUAUGAUGUAACCCGACAUGUGACCUUUGAGAACGUAGAACGAUGGUUAAAGGAGCUCCGAGAUCAUACAGAUUCCAACAUCGUCAUCAUGCUGGUAGGAAACAAGUCGGAUCUGCGCCAUUUACGGGCUGUACCAACCGACGAUGCAAAGGCGUUUGCUGAAAAAGAGAACACUUACUUUAUGGAAACAUCUGCACUUGAAUCCAUGAAUGUUGAAAAUGCCUUCACAGAAGUCCUUACUCAAAUCUAUCACGUUGUCAGCAAAAAAGCACUCGAUAUCGGAGAUGAUCCAGCUGCUUUGCCAAAGGGACAGACGAUUAACGUUGGUGGCAAGGAUGACGUAUCGGCAUUGAAGAAAGUCGGGUGCUGUUCCACUUAGAUGGAUUGCAUUCUUUGUAAGCUUCUAAUUACCGAAAUUUUCAGAUAGUUUAAGCCCGUUUGGCCAAAACUAAAUAGGAUGAAGGGCAUAUCAGGAACACAUGAUGCAAACGAUUGUUUUUUUAUGGUUUCAUUGUUAUGUUUUUACUGUGAUGUAUGGUUAUAGCGUAGGUCGAUUGUUGGAAAUGUAUCAAGAUUCUAUUGCUAUCCAUGUACUCUUCUUAUUUAUCAGUAAAGAUUUACCAAAUUCUUCAAG